UCCCUCGACCUCCGACAACGCCGUAUUCCCCUCCCCAUCCUGGCAAUCUCCUGUUUUUUUUCCGCCCCUUUCGAGACCUUCCUGGUGCGGCGCCGACGAUAGCGAAAUUUUGAGAUCGCAGUGCUUUGCUUUCUCCCCUCCCCUUCCCUUCCCGAACUCUCCGACCUUCUCUGUGUGGCGCUGCGCCAAGUGUGACAGCGAGAGGGUUUCCUGCGUUGUGCGGCGCCGAGGACGAGCGAUCGAGUGCGGCGACGAAGAGGAAGAUUGGAAAAAGGCAGCGGCAUAGGAUCUUCUACCCAGCUACAGGAGCUUCAUUGACGUUACCAUCAAAGAAGGAAGAAACCAAGGUUGAGAAUGAAUUCUCAACAAGGUAGGGUAUCUACUAAUGGGUAUAACCGCCGAAGAGGUGAUACAGUUACAGGAUCUAGGAUGGAGAAUCAUACGCAAUCAAGGAAGUCAGCCUCUCCUAACUUUGCAGGAAGGAUUACAACCCCAUCACGUGAUCGGCUAAUAUACGUUCUGUCCUUGCUGAUUGGUCGCCAUGUUGAAGUCCAUGUGAAAAAUGGAUCUAUAAUUUCAGGGAUCUUACACGCAACAAAUGCUGAUAGAGAUUUUGAAAUUGUUCUGAAAAUGGCUCAAGUGGUUAAGGAUGGCUCCGUGAGAGAGCAGAAGUCUUUUCGUGAUAGUAUCACAUCUUCUCGGCUAAUGAUUGUACCAGCACGAGAACUUGUUCAACUUCUUGCAAAGGAGGUGUCACUUGAUGAAUUCACCAGUGGGCUCUCAAAUGAGAAGGGCAAAGACCUCUUGAUUGAUUCAGUUAUUUCUCAUUCGCAUCAUCUAGAGACAGAAAGAGAGUUGACGCCUUGGAUCCCUGAAGGCGAUGAUCCUGAAUGUCCUGAACUGGAGAAUAUAUUUGAUGGAACACUGGAUAGGAAGUGGGAUCAGUUUGAAACAAAUGCUGCAUUGUUUGGAGUAAAGAGCACAUUUAAUGAGGAACUUUAUACUACUAAACUCGAAAAAGGUCCUCAAAUGAAAGAGCUUGAAAAAGUGGCUUCAAGAAUAGCUAGAGAAAUAGAGGGACAGGAAGCCCAUGAUUUUCAUCAGGCUGAGGAAAGAGGCUUCAACUUCCAUGAUAAUCUUGGCCUUGAUGAGGAGAGUAGAUAUUCGGCUGUACGUAGGGAAAACAAUGAUAUCAGAUUCAGAGAAACUGAUAACACCUAUAAUUCUGAAAUUUUUUCAGGAUCAGCAGGUGUUGUGACUUCUAGAUCAUCACCUGAACCUUCAAGCACUAAAGUCAGUAAUGAAGUGCAGACGUUACAGAAUGAAACUUUGGCAUCAUCCAAAAGUUCAUCACUGGAUGAGGAUAAAUACUUGCAUGCUGAUAAGGAUUCAGGUCUCUAUCCUAUUAGUCAUGAUAGUCACCAAGCAUCUGACUGCAUUACUCAGAGUUCCCCACCCUUGGAUGCUGAGAGCAGGUUUGCAACUCAGCUGAAAGAUCAAAGUGGCAAGACUGAGAAUACAGUUCAGGAAUCUCGAGCAUCUGAAGGAGAGUUGGAAGGAUUAUCUACAAAUGGAACAUUGUGUAGUCCUUCAGCUUCUAGUCAAGGAGAUCUAAUUACUGAAACUUCAGAUUCUCAAGUCCUUGUUGAUGUGUCUACUGCUCUCAAACCAGUUAGUUAUAGGACAGGACAAGAUAGUUCUCCAAACAAUGUGUCUAGUGAGACAUCAGAUCGUCCUAGUUUAUCCCCAAGGUCCUGCGGAUCACUUUCUUCUGAAAAAUCGACUCUUAACCCAAAUGCUAAGGAAUUCAAAUUCAAUCCAAAUGCAAAGAGUUUUUCCCCUUCAACCUCUGAAAGGCCACAUGCAGAAGUAUCCGAUGGGCCUUUCUAUUAUCCUAAUAAUGUAGCUUCUUUUCAGCAUAUGCAUGGUCUACCUGUAGGAAUGGGGGUUGCUCCAUUUGGCCAUCAGCCUGUUUUUUACAAUCCUCACGCUCCACCAAUGCAAUCCUCCCAAGCAUAUAUUCACCCUAAUGGGUCAAUGUAUGGACAGCAAAUGAUUGUUGGACAGCCUCCACAAUUUUAUUAUGUGCAAGGCUAUCCACCUGAGAUGCCACACAAAGGGAGGAAAUAUUAAAGCUUUCUAAAUCAGUGGUAGCCGCCUAACCUUCAGUGGAUUUCACCUGUAAUCUUCAUUUGCUGAAGACGAACCAUCAUUGUGGCGUGUGAUUUCUUACUGACCAGCUCCGUUUGGCGGUCCUAUAACCAUUUUAAAUUGCAACAGGUCGCAGAUGCUUCCAUGAGUUGGAAAUGGAGUUUGUAUGUAAAGAAUGAUGACUUAGGCAGCGGAACAAUCUUCUCUUCUGAGAUACACUGCUGUUCUGUUUACUGGUUGCGUUGUUGGCUGUGAUGAUCUAAAUAAACCUAACAAAAAAAGGGGCUCAAAUAUGUAUUUGAUCGAACAUAUUUGUCGGAUGAAUUGCUGGCCUUAGUUGGAUUGCUGCCCUGCAAAAUUACAAUUGUCAAUGUAUUUUCUGACUCCAAUUACCCAAAACAGGGGGAGGUGGUUCCAGCAAUA